GAGAAAGAAAGAAAGAAAGCGGAAGAAAAAGAAAGAAAAGAAAGGAAGUGGAGGAAGAAGAAAAAGAAAGAAAGAAAGAAGGAAGUGGAGGAAGAAGAGAAAGAAAGAAAGAAAGAAAGAAAGAAAGAAAGCAGAAAGAAAGAACGGAAGCGGAGGAAGAAGAGAAAGAAAGAAAGAAAGCGGAAGAAAAAG